GAUUCCUAUAAAUUGGUCUCUCCCCACAAACCAACCCUCUUCACCAAUCCCAUCACUUUGUCUCUCUAACUUGGACCACAUGAUGAAGCCACGCACAGACACACACUUCCCUCUGCCGCACGUGGCGGACAUCACGUGCAUGGACCCGAGCCGCGCGCCGCUCGUGGCGGAGAAACUCUGCAAAACGGUGCGUUUGCUGGGCUACGACAUGCAGGACAUGGUGAAGCGAGGGAAGAGCAUAGGGAAGGCGCUCAACGACGUCGUCGUGCGCCACCACCAGGCCCUCACGUGCCGCCCGCGCGACGCGCACGUCUCCUUCGUGUCGCCGCUCGAGUACCAGUUCAGCUGCAGCGGGAGUCCGCCGCGCCGGAGGAGGCUCUCUCCGCCCUCCGCGGCGCACCGCCCGCCCAGGAUGUGCCGCGGCGACGGCGGCGCGAUAGAGAGGCGCGUGAAGAUCUCCGGGUCGAUGGUGAAGCAGGCGGAGAAGGAUUUUGAGGUGGAUGAGGCUGCGGAAGAGUUCAUAGCAAGGUUCUAUAGAGAGUUGAGGUUGCAGAAAUGGUUGGAUCAUCAGUAUUGCUGACGUGUAUAGAAUAUGCAUGUGUGGUGAAGAGUGAAAAGUGUAGUCUUCUUCCAUGUAUGUUACUUAAUUACUACUUCUGUUACCGUAUGCACUAUAUAUGCAAUGGAUCGAUGUUCUUAAUUA